AUGGCGGACGCAGAGCUGGAGGAAAUCAGGCGAGCUCGCCUCGCACAGCUACAGCAGCAGGGCGGCGGCCCUGGUGGCCCCAGCCAAGAGGGUAACCAGCAAGAGCAGAAGAGACAAGCCGAAUCGGACCGCCGAGCCGCAAUCAUGGCUCAGAUCCUGGAUCCCGCCGCCGCGGACCGUCUCGGCCGUAUCCGCAUGGUGAAGGCAUCGCGCGCAGACGAUAUCGAGAACAGACUCAUGAUGCUGGCACAGUCCGGCCAACUCCGCCAAAAGGUUACGGAGGAACAAUUGAAGGAGCUUCUGAAUGCUGUUGCAGAGAAUUCACGCAAGGAGGAGGAAGAGCAUAAGAUCGUUUACACCCGGCGCAAAGGCGGUUGGGACGAUGAUGAUGAUCUGCUUGACCUGUAA